ACAAUGCAGCGCGGCAGUGUAUUAACAUGGCGUCAGUGGUGGCUGUCUGGAGCAGGGCCGUGGGAUUCUAAAAACAUGAUUUAAACGGAACCAUGGAGACAGUGAAUCUUUAAUCCCGGGUCACGUUGAGAGCUGGAGGGGAGAGAGGUAAACCGAACCGUUCCGUGCCGUGAUGGUCGAAGUUGUUUGGGACGGUUUGUAACGACCCGCCGCUGAGUGUCGGUGUUAUUUAUCUCCCGUUAGCUCACACCGGCUAACGGCUGCUAGCUUUCAGCAAAGUCGACUCAACAGUCUUCAGGAAGUCAACACGAAGCCUUCCCGGAGGACAACAAACAGCUCAUGGUUUAAUGACUUCAGGUGGCCAGCCUCCCUGGUCGUCCUCAGCACGGUUUUGACACCUCCACGGACACAAACUGAAGAACUGGAGGGAUGGAUGAGUCCAAAAGUCCAGUAAAAACGGGCAAACAGCCUCAGCCCCGAGGAGCCAAAUCUUCACCCAGCGAGAAGUCCAACAGGGAAUCUCCCUCGCAGAGAGAGGGCGCCAGGUGCGCUCCCAGCAGACAGCAAAACUUAACCACGGCAAAGGAUGAACACACAGGCAGCCAGGGAACCCGCGGGUCAGGCAAGACUUUCACUGACGCGCCCCAGGACAAGAGGAGAGGCCGGCCCUCCAGGCUGACUAGACUGACGGGAAGGACGAGCUCUGGGGAGAGAGGGAAGGGGAAAGUGUCCGGCCCGCAGCAGCACCUGGCGGCUCACACGAUGGACUCCCGGGUGUCUGUGUCUGCAGACAGCAGCCCCUCGGCGAGCAGAGAGAUCAGCUCUCCUGCAGCGCCGGGAGCACCUGAGAAAGUCCUCACAGAGAAGGUGAAAAGCACCACUGCAGCUCCAGCUAAGGAAAAGUCCCAAGGGGUGAGAGCCGGCGCUCUGAUGCAUCCAUCAGACAGGAGGCCCAGUGUGGAGGAAGCCCCCCUGACGGAUCAGCAGCUGGGCCUCCGACAAGCAGAGGAGCGCCUCUACAGAGACUACAUCCAUCGCUUGUUGAAACAGUCUCCCGAGUACCCGAACUAUCAGUACUUAUGCAAGCUCUGCUCCGUCCACAUCGAGAACAUCCAAGGAGCGCACAAACACAUCAAGGAAAAGAGACACAAGAAGAACAUAACGGAAAAACAGGAGGAGAACGAGCUGCGUGCCCUGCCCGCCGCCUCCGCUGCCCAACUGAGGGCGGUGGAUGCGGCCGUCCUAGAAACGGCCAAGGAGCACGGCAUCUCGGAGGAGGACUUUGAGGUUCGGAAGGCCGUGGUUGUCAGGAUGGAGGAGAUCAUAAAGAGGCACCUCUCAGCUUGCUCCCUCCGACUCUACGGCUCAUGUCUCACCCGAUUUGCCUUCAAGACGAGUGAUAUCAACAUCGAUGUCGUCCACCCUUCCUCGAUGACACAACCCGAGGUCCUGAUUCAAGUGCUGGAAAUCCUUAAAAACUGCUCUGAGUUUUUCGAGGUUGAGUCUGAUUUUCAUGCCAAAGUUCCUGCUGUGUUCUGUCGGGAUGUCAGCAGCGGCUUAAUGUGCAAAGUGAGCGCAGGAAAUGAAGUUGCUUGUCUCACCACCAAUCACCUGGCAGCCCUCGCUAAACUGGAGCCCAGAGUGGUUCCCCUGGUGCUGGCCUUCCGCUACUGGGCGAGGCUGUGUCACAUUGACCACCAGUCUGAAGGUGGCAUCCCCUCCUACUCCUUCGCCCUCAUGGUCAUCUUCUUCCUGCAACAGAGGAAAGAGCCCAUCCUCCCUGUGUACCUGGGCCGCUGGAUCGAAGGAUUCGAUGUGAAACGUGUGGACGAGUAUCAUCUCACUGGAAUCGCACUGGACCUGUUCGUCCGAUGGGAGCGCAGACCUCAGAGCUCCACGGACGGACGCGGGGAGAACCGAAACGAAGCAAGGGGAGAAGGAAGACCCAAACCGGAGCAGAAAAAAACAGAAGACUCUCAUUACUCGGAAGGACUGACCCGGCUGACCCUUGACCUGGGGAAAGGUGUGUCACUGGGUCAGCUGUGGUUGGAGCUCUUGCGUUUCUACACUCUGGAGUUUGCACUUGAAGAAUCCAUCAUCAGCAUCCGUUUGAAGGAGCUCCUCUCCAGGGAAGUGAAGAACUGGCCUCGUCGCAGGCUCGCUAUCGAAGAUCCGUUCGCCUUGAAGAGGAAUGUCGCGCGCAGCUUAAACAGCCAAAUGGUGUUUGAGUACAUCCAGGAGCGCUUCCGUACGGCUUAUAAAUACUUUGCUUGCCCUCAGAGACGGGGAGCGGGCAGGCGACAGAGACGAAUGAAGUCAGGACAGCAAGGUGCAAAGUGUGAAGAGCUUGAGAAGACAGAGGCGGCUUGUGUAAACAAGAGCGAAGACGACGGGAAUGUUGUAAAAGGUCAGAGGGGUCAUGGAGGUUUGAAAAAGGACGAUGAAGCCGACAGUGAGGAUGAAGAUGGAUCAGAUCCGUCCAGAAAGGAGGAGGAGAAGACUUUAGAUGCCAGUCUCAUGGACAUGGUUCUCAAUGAGGGGAACAAACCUUCCUUCUCCCCCAACGGCCUGCUGGACAGUGACAAAGAGGGGGAGGAGGAGGAAGAGGAGGAGGAAGAGGAAGAAAGCUGUGGACCUGUUGCAUCAGAGGAUCUGCACUAUGUGUUUGAUAAGAUGAUUUUCACUGGUGGAAAGCCUCCGACUGUUGUGUGCAGCAUCUGCAAACGUGACGGUCACCUGAAGGACGAGUGCCCUGAGGACUUUAAGAAGAUCGAGCUGAAGCCUCUGCCCCCCAUGAACGACCGCUUCAGAGAUAUUCUCGACGGCCUCUGCAAACUCUGCUUCUAUGAAUUGUCACCGUCACAUGCAGAGCAGCAGAAGAGGGAACAGAUCCUCUUAAGUCUGGAGAGGUUCAUAAGGAAGGAGUACAACGAUAAAGCUCAGCUCUGCUUGUUUGGCUCCUCCAAGAACGGCUUUGGCUUCCGCGACAGUGACCUCGACAUCUGCAUGACCCUGGAGGGUCACGAGACUGCAGAGAAUCUGAACUGCAAAGAGAUCAUCGAGGGGCUCGCCAAAGUGCUGAAGAAGCAUACAGGUUUGAGGAACAUCUUGCCUAUCACAACAGCUAAAGUGCCUAUUGUGAAGUUUGAACACAGACAGAGUGGUCUGGAGGGAGACAUCAGCCUCUACAACACGCUGGCUCAACACAACACCAGAAUGCUUGCUACGUAUGCAGCUCUGGACCCACGCGUGCAAUUCCUGGGAUACACAAUGAAGGUCUUCGCCAAGCGCUGCGACAUCGGGGAUGCGUCCAGAGGAAGCCUCUCUUCUUAUGCAUACAUUCUGAUGGUGCUAUACUUCCUGCAGCAGAGGCAGACUCCGGUCAUUCCCGUCCUGCAGGAGAUCUUUGAUGGGAAGACCGUUCCCCAGAGGAUGGUAGACGGCUGGAACGCUUUCUUUUUUGAUGACCUCGAGGAUCUGCGUCGGCUCCUCUCUGAUGUGCCGCCGAACACAGAGUCCGUGGGAGAGCUGUGGCUCGGACUCCUGCGCUUUUACACCGAGGAAUUUGACUUCAAAGAGCACGUCAUCAGCAUCCGUCAAAGGAAACGCCUUACCACCUUUGAGAAACAGUGGACCAGUAAAUGCAUCGCUAUCGAAGAUCCCUUUGAUUUGAAUCAUAAUCUUGGUGCUGGAGUUUCUCGCAAAAUGACAAACUUCAUCAUGAAGGCUUUUAUAAAUGGGAGGAAGUUGUUUGGAACUCCUUUCUACCCCGUCCCCGGCACUGAAGUGGACUACUUCUUUGACUCCAAGGUGUUGACGGACGGCGAGUUGGCACCAAACGACAGAUGCUGCAGGAUCUGUGGGAAGAUUGGACAUUACAUGAAGGACUGUCCAAAGAGACGCAGGAUAAAGAAGAAGGAAAACGACAAAGACGAGGACAUCAAAGAGGAGGAGCGUGAGCCGAAGGAUAGGCGCUGUUUUCAGUGCGGGGACAUGGGCCACGUACGGAGGGACUGUCCCGAGUACCGCCACCUCAAGCAGAGGAACACCGGAGCACCAGCUCCUCAUAUGGUACGAACGAUUGUGAGCUCGCAGUCGGUUCCCAUCCCUCAGGGGGACGGUCCUGGACGGAGCAGACAGCCCUCUGAAUGUUCCGACAGUCGGCAGACUCCACCGUACUCCCCACAGCCGUCAGCUGUCCCCCAAGGUUCCUCCCAGUCCUCCAGCUCCCCUCAGCCCUCCCACAGUAAGCCCAGCUCUGCGGGUCCCACCAAGCAGUCCGCUCACCCCCAGGUGCCCCUGUCUCUCUUCAGCUUCCCCACCUCUCACCCGAGCCAGUACCACCCGGGGGCGCUCACCGCACUGGGGCUUCUUCCCUCCCACCAGCACCAGUCCCACCACUCCCAGGGGCAGCCUCAUCACCCAGUCCGCAUCCCUUCCACCGCCUGGCCCAUCCACGGACCGGUCCUCAACACGUCCUCGCCCACCGCCCCUUCCCCGCCCGGCCUGAAAUUCGCCCUGCGCUCGGCAUCGGGGAACGGGAGUCCCACGGGCUCAGGGGUCAACCCCAGCCCCAUGAACCUGAACGACCCCAGCAUCAUCUUCGCCCAGCCGGCGGGGAGGCAGCUGGGCAUGGGCGGGUCAGGACGGGAAGGACACUGGCACAACCACUUAUCACAACCCGGGUCACUCAUGGGAAAUGGCACUGUGGUCAAGUCAGAUUCAGGUCAUCCGGCCCAGUUUGUUGGUGUGAGCCAAGGAUCCCGGUUAUGGGAGCACAAUAAAGCCCCUCAGUACGCCCUCUCUCCAUCCUGGCCCUACAGGAUGCCCCAGAACUUCAUCCAGCAGGGCAACGGAGGCUUCCAGCCCGGAAAACCCUUCGUCACCCAGGGUUCUGUGGUGCAUCCUAAUCCCAACUUCCCACUGGUCCCCCAUCCAGUAAAUGUCCGACACCCAGUCAAUCUGAACUUCAUCCAACAGAAGAAGUGAACUCACGUCUCCUUUUAAUUCGAUUUAUGGGCUGUAAAAAAAACAAGCAAAAUAAUUUCCUCUUUUGCAUCAUUUGACCUGGAGAAUUUUUAAAAUGAAUUUUAUCAUUUUUGUACAGUUUUUAUGUUUGGUCUCAUUACAUUGAUUUGUGAUACAAAUGUCAAAUAUUUUAAUACCCCCAUUUUUGAGGGGGUCCAAAAAAGUGUUUUUAUUUUAUGUGUAAAGUAAACAAGGACAAAUGUAAACCUUUAUUUUUAUUAGCUGUAUUCAUACUUUGCUUGCCACAAGAUAUGAAGGCUUUGAAUAGACGUUUGUUUUAAAAACAACCUAACAUGUCACCCUCAGUAUGUAGUGCCAAACGCAGGGAUAGCAAGAAAAAAGGGAAAAAAUCUCAAACAUGACAAAAACCUUCUCAAAAAAAGAAAAUAAAGAAAAACGCAAACAAC